UUGUAUCUUUUACCAAGUCACUUUCCAGCUGGUAGUACAUCUAUACUAUUUAUACUGCCAUCAUGAAGUUUCAGCUCAGUUCAGCUCAUUGUCCUACAUAGGAUACUUUCGAACUCAACGGACACAAAUUGGGAUCAAAAAAAAGUUGACCGCUCACUGAUAGUUAAGAAGGCUCAUGUCAGUGAUGUGUGUGAAAGACAUCUUUCGACCUCUUUGAGAUGGAGUAUUCGAUUGACGAUGUCGCAGCAGCAAGGAGUUUGCAGUUCGCCAAGUACAUAUAUACGGCGAUGGCUACAUUCUGGAUCUAUGAUUAUGCAUGCUCACUUCAUGAAGAGUGGUCAUUUCUCCUUCGAUCGCACUGGAGCAAGAUAAAAUGCUUGUAUAUUGUUACAAAAUACCUUCCCUUUAUCUUUAUCAUCACAGGUCUAUACACGAGCUUUACCCCGAAUGAGAACCCAAUUAAAUGCGGGAUGUUGGUCAAUAUUACCUCAGUGCUCGGCAUGAUAGCAGCCACUUGCGCCGACUGUUUUUUUAUCAUCAGGACGUAUGUGUUCUGGAACAAAAAUAAAAUCUUGCUCGCAGCCAUCGUGGGCACCUAUCUCUUGUGUCUCAUAGGAUCCGUCAGCAUUAUCGUCGACGCUACCGCCUCCGUAGCAUAUGUGACUAGCCCGAUCCCGAGCAUCACAGGGUGCUACCAGAGUUCAACCAGUGACCGGAUGUUUAUCCCAUUUGUUCUCUUUUCUGCGUUCGGAAUGGGACUCAUGAUCCUCACGCUCAUACGUGCCUUACAGAGCUGGUGGAGAAACACAAGCCGUCUGUACAUUGUCCUGAUGAACCAUAACAUAUUAUAUUAUGCUUGCGUUUUCCUAUUCUCGAUAAUGAACAUCUUCACAUCGUUGCUCCUCCAGGAAACCUAUCAGACCGUUUUGGAUGGUAUCCAGUUCCUAGCCCUUGCGACUGUUGCCACACGCAUGCACAACCAUCUCUGGCAGACAAACCAACGUUCACGCGGCUCUACUAGCGACUUCGUUCAUAUUCAAUUGUCCGACAUAUCAUCUGUGAAUGGCACAGUGUGAUAUCUUAUCAUGUGAUUUAUCCAGUGUCGUUCGUGGAGCGAGGCUUGGACCGUACAAGAUAACUGGUGGGGGUGGGUCUGGUAGAGUUCGUUCGCUAUGUGUGUAAUUUACAGGAUGAGUCUGUCGCGGGGCGGGAGGAGCAUUUGGAUGGCCUUUUCUUUUUGACAACUGUAGUUUCAGCUGCUGUAUGUACACUAUCAUUUAUGCUACGACAAAUUCGACUUGAUCAC